UUAGACAUUUCCUGUCUCGUCAGCGUCAUCUGCUUUGAUUAAAUGUAAAUGUUAAAUAAAUUCUAAAAUUCGGAAAUUUUGUAUGACUUUGAGGUCAAAUAAACUAGUUUAUACUUGUCAAUUAUUUGUACCGAACAGACAGUGGGUACCUGGCCUGAAAGCUGAAAACACUGCAGGGUCCGUGGAGUGUGGCUAGUUAGCUAGGUGUCAAAAUUACUGUCUUGCUGUCUAACCAGCUGUGGCUGGAGUAAACAUCUUACUAUUGAUUUGUCAGCUCAGUACUUUCAACAAAGUCGACAAAAUGCCCAAAGGAGGCAAGAAGGGUGGACAUAAAGGUCGGAUGAGAACGUACACAAGUCCAGAGGAAAUAGAUGCUCAGAUGAAAGCUGAAAAAGAGCGAAAAAAGCUUGAAGAGGAAGAAGGGGCAUCCGUCAAUGACAACCAGUCUGAAGAGAGACUGCCUGCGUCAGGCUCUGAAGACAGCGACGAUGAAAGCUCUCAUAGAAGAAAGGGGGUGGAGGGAUUGAUAGAGAUUGAAAACCCCAAUCGAGCCGCACAGAAAGCAAAGAAAGUGACUGACAUUGAGCUGGAUGGGCCUAAACAACUUUCUAGAAGAGAAAGAGAAGAGAUAGAAAAGCAGAAGGCCAAAGAGAGGUAUAUGAAAAUGCAUUUAGCUGGAAAGACAGAUCAAGCUAAAGCAGACCUCGCCCGACUCGCAAUAAUUCGAAAGCAGCGUGAGGAGGCAGCGCGCAAAAAGGAAGAGGAACGGAAAGCGAAAGAGGCAGCGGCGGCAGCAGCGAAAGGACUACAUACAUUGUCCCUCAAGUGAUCAGAGAUGUUUUCAUGCAUUUUUUGGACUGUUGCUGUGUGUACAAAUGUAUCGACCUUGCUGUUCCUAAGAGGGGAAAAAAUUAUGCGGAUGACGUGAGAUGCUUUGUAAGAUAUUGCAAAACAAGAGAUAUUUAAUAGUUCUGUAUAUUUUAACACUGAAAGAAGGUAUUAUUGUAACAGUUAUGCUCUUGAGAGAGCCCAGAUGUUUUCACCAAAGCUGUUAACAUGGAAUGCCCAUAAUAAUAUAUUUGUUAUCAUUAUUAAUAUUCUUAACUGAGUCAGUUAUGUCAAUGCUGUCUCGGUUUAAUUAUUGUGAGAGGGUAAAUUACGGUGCAAUUAACCUACAGUCUUAUGUUGCAACAAUAUUAACAAGUUUUGAGAAUUCUCUCUCAAGGAAUUGCUACUCUGAUACUUAUUCUGAGAAUAAAAUAUAGUAUUUUGGGUUUG